AUGGGUCUUCCAGAAACCAUGCAGGCGAUCCAAAUCAAGGAAUUCAACGCACCGUACGCGGUAUCCAAGGUUCCCGUGCCCAAGCCCAAGCCAAACCAGCUUUUGAUACGCAUAAAAGCUGCUGGAUUCUGCCAUACGGAUCUCAUGGCUUUAAACAAUGAGUUCAAUAGUCCCUUGCCCUAUAUCGGCUCACACGAAGGCGCAGGCGUUGUUGUAGAAGUGGGGUCGAAUGUUCAAGGGUUUGCCAAAGGUGACCACGUUGGAUGUAUUAAUUUUGAUAGUUCUUGUGGCGAGUGUCCGGAUUGCAGCACUGGUAGAGUAAUUUACUGCGACCGGCCACAGAUGAAAGGACUUACAAUUGAUGGCGCAUGGGCAGAAUAUAUGGUUGCUGACGCAAGAACUACCGUGAAAAUCCCAGAGUCGGUUGAUCUGGUAACUGCUGCGCCACUGAUGUGCGCAGGUCUCAGCAUUUAUGGUGGAAUCAAGAAAGCCGGUGUACCUCCGGGAGGAUCUAUCGGCAUUAUCGGUAUUGGAGGUUUGGGUCAUAUUGGCACACAGCUUGCAAAGGCUAUGGGAUACAAAGUAGCUGCCGUUGAUAUUAAGCAGACAUCUUUAGAUCUCGUAAACUCACACCGUCUAAAGCCAGACUUAUCCCUUCUCGUGACAGAGGAUCCAAAGGAUGCCAUGGCCAAGGCUCACAGUGCUAUACCGGGAAAAUUCCCUGGUCUUGAUGCUACCGUCCUGGCCACAGACCAGCAGUCUGCCUUUGACUUUGCAGCGGCCAUUACACGGAAGCACGGCACGGUUGUUCUCUUGGGCCAGCCAGAUAAAGGGAUCAGCAUGUCUUUUUACAACAUGAUAUUCCGCGAUAUCAAGCUAGUGGGGUCUUUGAUUGGAGAUACUUCUGAUGCAGACGAGCUGAUGCAGCUUGUUGAUGACCAUGACAUUCAGCUUAAAAUUAAGACAUGGAGGCUAGACCAGGCUGAAGAAAUGCGUCAGGAGUAUUUGUCUGGUAAGAGUGAGGGGAAGAAUGUUAUAGUACUAUAG